AGACGCUUGGGCUGCGCCAUGCCUCUCCCCUUAGCGCCGGCUCUGGGAGCACAUCGUCAGCCCCGCCCCCCAUGCGCCCGCUGCACAGACCUGAGAGGGGAGACAGCCGUGCUGCCAAAGCCCAAGGCCUGGCGCCUGACUGCCGGCAGGGUUAGGGCUGCUUGCUACGCACUGUGUGCGGUGCCGUCACACAGGAAGCAGGCAGACGCUCCUCCUAUUUGGAGAGUGCACACCCCGACCCUCUAUUUCCAUGUCAUGUUUGCAUUUUCUCAAAUCUCUGUUUGCCUUCCUCCUGUCCUGUGCACUUCGGAUGCCGCCUUCACUGACCACCACACUGCUCCGACCCUCUCUGCCGGGUCCCUUCCCCUGCCCCUGACCCCUGGCUCCCAGAUGUCCUGUCUUAGAAGAAGACACUUCACGUCCAGGGUCGUGGCUGCAGAAGAUGCUCCUGGGUGCUCUCCCAUCCAGGAUGAAACAGACUCAGCGAACGCGCAGAACGACUGCACGGACAGCCUGCCCGCCCUGGCCCGAGCAUCGGUCACACCCCGUCACUCGUGGUGUUGUCCUGGAAUCGUCUGCAGCAGGGACUCGCAGGCCAGCACCCUCCUACAGAAGCCGUGCAUCCCUGGGUCGCGCCCUGCUCCAUUGCCGGGUCCAAUGUGAAAGCUGGGUGACGCUGUGGAGCUUGGCCUGUGGAGUGUUUUGGAAGCCAUGCCGCCGGGCAGGAGACCCCAGUCCUGGGUCCAGGCAAAGCACACUGCAGACCUGAAGGCUGUGGACAGUGAGGGCCCAAUCUGUUCCCUCCAUCCCUGCAUCCCAGUGCUGAUGCUGAGAAGGAAGUGACUUUAUUUUUAUCACUGCUGUGUCCUCCCUGUCAUUCGGUUCAUAGUUAGCAAGUGAAGAUUUUCUACUAGGUUCUCCCUAAUGCAAGAGACCUUACACAUUAGCUCGAUUCCUAGUAUAGGACAGGCUCGGUUUCCUUCUUACCGGAAUGUUGUUCCCCUCCCAGUAAGCAGCCUCUCCUCUUCCAAGUGGUAACUGUCCCGGUCACUUUCUGGUUCCAGAGACACGUGCCCCACACUCUCCAAUUAAAGGAGGAGAGGACUCAGUCCGUGGUCCACCGGCUCCAAGCAGGAAGGCCCGGGUAGAGCCGCUCACAUCAUGGCACACAGGAAGCAAGAGGCAGAAGGGGACAAACAUUUCCAGUUCCCGCCCCGGUGACCCGGCUCUAAGCAGGCCCUGCCCGUGACAGCAAGCCGCCCUCCUGAGGCCCAGCUGCCUUCCGAAAGCCACAACUCUGAGCACCAGCGAGGUCUGGGGGGCACCCCGGAUCUGAACCCUAACCAUAAACCUCAAAAUAUUCUAACUCAGCAUCGCGCCUUUGCAGUGAUGACCGAAAGGAAAGCGAGGCAAAGGCCUGGGCAUUACUCACUCAAGACACAAGAGGGUAAAAGAUGCCCGGGAACGACCACUACGGAGACGCGGCUUCUGGUCCAUUUCAUGGCAAAGCGUUCUAAUGAUGAGUUUGUAAGAGUGUCUGUUCAUCAAGAAAUGCCUUGGGAAGCUAUGCAAAAGCGAUGGGCAUUUGAGAUUUUCCAUUUCCGGUGUCAAGUUGAGGACACCAGAGCUGCAGGCCACAGAGGAGUUCGGCUGGCUGGUCACCACACCGCCGUGGAGCCCACACACGAGGCUUAGCUCACAGGCAGGGAAACAAGACGUCAGACCCGGGCCUGCUGAGGACAGACAGGGAAGCGAGCUGACAGCGGCUCCCGAUGCCCGCCCGGAUGCAGAGGCGAUUAGCCUGAGGUCAUUCUAUGUUUUCUUUUCUGUGAAGUGACAGCCAAGAGCUACGUGAGACAUUCACCAGCAGGCUGCAAUAUCCUGAGAAACCUGAGGGGAGCGAGAACCAGCAGACGUGAAAGACUUCAAAAGGAAGGAGAUGGAGUAGGCCCCGUGUGAGGCCUCGCCGCGGCCCAGACGCACACAGCCUGAAUCCGAAUCGCACGCGGCGUUUGCCUCGGACUUUACCACACACCUCACUCUCUGGAACCAGUCAACAUUCCAUUCUUUCUUUCCCUGUCCUACUGGGGAUUGAACCAGCAGCUCUCCAGGCUGAGCUGCAUUCUCACUUCUGGUUUGCUAUUUGGAGACAGGGUUUCAAUAAGCUACUAAGUUGCCCAGGCUGGGAUCAAACCCGGGCUCUUUCUGCCUCAAACUCCCAGUGUGCCGCCAUUACAGGCCUGUGCCUCCAUGCCAGCCUAACGUCCUAUUCUUUAGACAGCUCUCGGUCAGCUCACCCUGGGUCAUAGCUCGAGAAAAAUGCAUCAUAAAGGACUUUGCCCGUGCGUGUAGCUUAGGCCAUCCUGGUCGGCCAGUGCCUGGUAAAAGAACAGAGACCAUACUCAUAAGUGAGAUAAAUCAGACCCGCAUGUGUAAACACCAUAUUUUAUCCUUAGUGGAA